UGAGAUUGAGGUACAAUCCAACGGAAAAAAAAAUGUGUUAGCCUUUAAUGGGUGAAAUUAUAAAGACAAUAAGAAGAUACAAUUGAGAAAGAUUAUGUCAACCUAGAUAAAGAAUAAGAGUGGGAAUUUAUGCGAGAAUGCUUUGACAGUAAAUCUUGCCUCACAACAUCAAAAGCCGUUACUGGAUAUGUUCGUGAAAAUGAUGGACUUAAGUUAGCUCUUACCGAUUCUGACGUUAUUGUCAUUCCAGCUGGUGUUCCUCGAAAACCGGGUAUGACUCGUGAUGAUUUAUUCAAUACUAAUGCUGGAAUUGUAAAAGAAUUGGCUGUUGCUGCUGCAGAAUUUGCACCAAAGGCAAUCAUGACUGUAAUUUCCAAUCCUGUUAAUUCAACUGUACCAAUUAUAUCAGAAGUUUAUAAAAAAUAUAAUAUUUAUGAUCCUCGUAGAAUAUUGGGGAUCACAACUCUUGAUGUUGUACGUGCUUCUCGAUUUGUUUCUGAACUUAAGGGAACUGAUCCUAGUAAUGAGAAAGUUACAGUUGUCGGUGGACAUUCUGGUGUGACCAUUAUUCCACUUCUUUCACAAACAGGUCACACAUUUACCGAUGAAGAAUUGAAAACAUUAACACAUAGAAUACAAUUCGGUGGAGAUGAAGUAGUUAAAGCCAAAGCUGGUACUGGAUCAGCGACUCUUUCUAUGGCCUAUGCUGCAUCUUGUUUCGUGGACUCACUACUUCGUGCUAUGGUUAAGGGAGAAAAGGGUAUCAUUGAGCCAUCAUAUGUAAAAUCAAAUUUAUUCAAUUCCGAUAAUAUUGAAUAUUUCGCAUCCAAUGUAGAAUUAAGUGCUGAAGGAGUUGGUAAAGUUCAUCCAUUAGGAAAACUUAGUGCUUAUGAAAAAGAUCUUUUAGCUGCUGCUUUACCUGAACUUAAGAAAAACAUCGCUAAAGGGGCUGAAUUUGUAGCAAAUAGUAAAGACUGAUUGAUAAUCAAAUAUAUAGACAGUUGAUAAUUAAUUCACAAAUUUAUUAAUUUGUACAAAAAAAAUAUAUAUGUAUGUGUGUAUAUAUAUAUAUAUAUAAAAUAUGAAAUAAAAUUUACUAAUUUGUACAAAAAAUAUAAGCUUUGAAUAUCACCGCCUUUGAUUGCAUAAAUCACAUAAUCAUGUUAAUCACAUAAUCAAAAUAUAACCAAUUGAAUAAUCACUUGAAUCACAAAAUUUAUACAUACAUACAUAGUAAUGAAUGAAUAUAUAAUAAGAAACUCCCAGGUUUCCCACCAAUUUUUUGAAACAAAGAAAAAUGAACAUGGGCUAUCGAGAUCGACAAAUUCGACAUGAUAAAAAAGAUAGAAAAAGAACGCGUGUUAAAAAUACUGAUUUAAUUUCUUUACAUGUGAAAAUACUGCAGUGCGAU